GCGACUGAGGAGAGAGCGGCGACGUUUUGCACCACGUGAGCCACAGGCAUGGAAAAUAUUUCCAACCCAGAGAGCACAAAGUCUCCGUGCAACCGCUCUAAGGAGUUGUACACCUUCGGUUCUAAGAACUGGACCGAAUCAAACUGCGUCCCCCCACCGCAGUCCUUCUACCGGGACUUCUACAUCAUCCUGCCAAUCAUCUACUCUGUCAUAUGUGCCGUGGGAUUGACAGGGAACACGGCGGUCAUUUAUGUAAUACUCAAAGCGCCCAAAAUGAAGACGGUGACUAAUAUGUUCAUCCUGAACUUGGCCAUCGCAGAUGAUUUGUUCACUUUGGUGCUGCCAAUCAACAUUGCGGAACACCUCCUGCAUUACUGGCCCUUCGGUGAGACGUUGUGCAAGAUCAUACUCUCCAUCGAUCACUACAAUAUAUUCUCCAGCAUAUACUUUCUCACGGUGAUGAGUAUCGACCGGUACCUGGUGGUGUUGGCGACCGUGCGCUCGAAGAGGAUGCCCCACCGCACUUACCGCGCGGCCAAAACCGUAAGCAUCUGCGUGUGGCUGCUGGUCAUUCUCAUAGUCCUGCCUUUCACCGUCUUCGCGGGGAUUUACGUUAGCCCCGACGACACCGAGAGAAAGAGUUGCGUCCUGAGUUUUCCCAGCCCGGAGAGUUUAUGGUUCAAAGCGAGCCGGAUUUACACCCUGAUCCUGGGCUUCGCCAUCCCCGUCUCUACCAUCUGCAUCCUCUACACCGCGAUGCUCUACAAGCUUCGGAACAUGCGACUGAAUUCCAACGCCAAGGUUCUAGACAAAGCUAAAAAGAAAGUGACGGUCAUGGUGUUCAUCGUCCUGGCGGUCUGCCUGUUCUGCUGGACGCCGUUCCACCUGAGCACCAUCGUCGCCCUCACCACGGACCUGACCUCGACGCCGCUCGUCAUCGGAAUCUCUUAUUUCAUCACCAGUCUAAGUUACGCCAACUCUUGUCUAAACCCUUUCCUAUACGCCUUCCUCGAUGAUAGUUUUAGGAAGGCGUUCAAAAAAAUGCUGGAGUGUAGACAAUCCUGAACGUACAGUAAGAAUACAUGCCAUAUGUAGACACAAAACCCUGCUCAAGACACCUUAGUCCCAUGAACUUAGUAUGUUCAACAUUUCCCCCGCACAAAUUCAGAAAUAAUAUAAUUCAUUUGAUAAGUAAACUAUACGAAGAAAGUUAUUCUCAACAGUUGGUAUUGCACUUUUUAAACUGAGGGUUUGUCUCCCUCUGGUGGGAAAAAGGCGAACUGCUAGAGGCUGACAAAAAUGUCAUGGGAGCAUUUUUGUGUCACAGCAAAAUAAAAAUAAAAAACGCUUGUUUUAAGCGUAGAAAAACAUAUUGCAUGUUAUCAUUCUGACAUGAGUAGAAAUUAAGAUCAAACUGUAUUGUAGGCCACCAUGUAUAUAUGAACAUAAAACGAAUGACGUAAAGUCGACAGGUAUUCUGCUUCGUGUACUGUAGCCAUGUAUCGCGCGCCCGCUCCUGUGUGUAUGUGAAAACAACACAAUUUCCCUUACUGCACCCCCCCUCCUUCCUCCAUAGUAUUAUCUACCCUGCUGUGGCCAAGGAUUCUGUCUAUUUUAAGCCGUGGAAUUCACUAAUUUAGAAUUUACUGGAAAGGUAGUUUCCCACUCAUCGCCACCCGCCAAAGAAAUGCUCUUUGAUCUUAACUCAGUUUCACUGAAGCUGCAGGUAAAAAAUGACCUUGCAUGCUGUUCGAUAUUUAUGUUUCAUUCAUGUAUUUGCUGAAUAAUAAAUGUCAAAACAA